GGAGUUUCAAACGUGCGUGCGGGAGCCCGCGCUUUGCUCGCCGGCCGCUGCUCGGGGUUGUUCAUCCAGCGGAAAGAUCCUUGAGGAGGAAUCUGCAAAUGCUGGAGAGCGCCGCUGCCGUCCUUCGGUUAAAACCUACCUUUUGACAACAAGGAAGCUGAAACAAUGGGGGUGACUCAUCUAUGGCAAAUCCUUGAGCCUGUGAGACAACCUGUCAGCCUGAGUAGUCUCAGAGGGAAAACACUUGCUGUUGAUUUAAGUUUGUGGGUUUGUGAAGCACAAACUGUUAAAAAGAUGAUUGGAGUAGUUACCAAGCCACAUCUCAGAAACCUGUUUUUUCGGUUCUCUUUCUUUUCCUCAAUGGGAAUUAAACUGGUGUUUGUCAUGGAAGGAGAGGCCCCCAGGCUGAAAGCAGACACCAUGAGCAAGAGGAAUGAGAUGCGCUAUGGGCCUUCGAAGAAAUCUGGAGCUGUAAGAACAGGGAGAUCUUUAUUUAAAGCCAUGUUAAAAGAGUGUCUUGAGCUGCUGGAGUGUUUAGGUGUCCCUUGGGUUCAAGCAGCUGGAGAAGCAGAGGCAAUGUGUGCCUUCCUAAAUGCAAAAGGACUUGUUGAUGGCUGCAUUACCAAUGAUGGAGAUGUUUUCUUGUAUGGAGCUGAAACAGUUUAUAGGAACUUUGCCAUGAAUGCUAAGGAUCCACAUCUUGACAGUUACAAAAUGUCCUCUAUUAAAGAGAAGCUUGGUUGUGAUAGAGAGUCUUUGAUUGGGCUAGCAGUUCUUCUGGGCUGUGAUUAUCUUCCAAAGGGGGUUCCAGGAGUUGGGAAGGAACAAGCUUUAAAGUUAAUUGAGGCUCUGAGAGGUCAAAACUUAUUGCAAAGGUUUGAGCAGUGGAAGGAACAAUUUCAGUAUGAGGAUAAUCCACCUUUGGUUGUUAAAAGAGUAAUGCACUGUUCAGAGUGCCAUCAUCCAGGAUCUUACAAGGAACAUGAGCAAAGCGGAUGUGAAUUCUGUGAAAGCGUGAGGGGCUGCAAACCCAGUGACUCCAAACACUGCUGCCCUUGUGCGUGGCAUCAGUGGGAGCGAGUGAAACAAGCAAAUGCACUGGAGGACAGUAUCAGAAAAAAAGCCAAGAGUUGUGAGGGCUUUCCAUUCUCUGAGGUUAUCCAAGAGUUUCUUGUAAACAAGAAUAAAUUGAUCAACAUAAAGGAAUGUCGAAGGCCGAAUUUAUUGUCCUUUCAGCUAUUUGCUUCAGAGAAGAUGGAAUGGACCAAACAUUAUGCUUGUAAGAAGCUGUUAGCACUUUUGACACGUUAUGAUAUGAUCCAGAGAAAAUCUGGGCACAUUGACUCAAAACAACUGCAGGCAAUACGGAUUGUUAAGACACGUGUUAAGAAUGGAAUUCCUUGUUUUGAAAUUGAAUGGCAAAAACCAGAACAUUAUGUUGAUCCAGAAGAUGAGCCUGUGGAGUUGUUUGUAGUCACAGUAGAAGAAGAGUCUUUGUUUCAGGCUGCUUAUCCUGAUGUUGUUGCCCUCUAUCAAGUGAAGAAGUCAGAAGUUCUUCAGAAGAAACAGAAAAAAAAGAAAGACAGACCAGAAGAAAAGGAAUUAUCAAACGCUUAUGAUGAAGUUACCAGUCUUCUGUCUCAAAUUAAUUUAAAGCCUACGUACAGAACUCUUCCUGUGCAACACUCCCUGUCAGAUACAAAAGCUCUCCCAGAAGAACAGACACAGCAGAGAAGUACUGGAUCAAAAGCUGUGGCAUUGCCUUCAGCUUCCUGCCUACCAAGAGUUCACGUGUCAGCAUCAGCAGCUGCUCCUACUGGCUCAUCUGUGCCCUCACAAUGCACUGAGCAUUCAGGGCCAGCAUCCUCUUCCUCUGGACCAGCUGCUCUGCAGCUGAGCAGUGGUGAUGGGAAGGGAACCUCCCUCAGCACUUCCCCAGCCCGUGGAGAUGGUGACCAUGAUCCAGCAGCUGACCUGAGCACAUGCACGAAACACUCACAUCCACUGAGUCAUGGAACAGUCAGAAAUAGCUCAGAUUGUUCUGGUGCUACACAGUCUGAUACAUUGAUAGUGUGUUCUGAUAGUGAAGAUGAUUUGUUCUCAAAUGAUGCUGUGGGACAACUUCAGGAGUGGUCUUUAAGCCAGCGAAUACUUAAGAAGGCUCCCAUUCCAUCACAGCCUUUGUCUGAAGAUGUAGUGCAACUGGAGUCUUUCAAUUGUUUUAAACAAACAAAAGAAACUUUGAAUCCUGAUAGAAAUCAUGUCUCUGCCUCACGUCAGUUAAAUAACCUAGUGCAGGAGAGGAAAAAUGUUCUAUCAAAAAACUCUGCAAGUGAACCCAGCGUACAUAUCUAUCAAGAUGUGUGCAGAAAAGCUGACAUCCUGGCUGAAAUGGGGCCAAAAGACCCUUAUGUAAAUGGUUCAACAUCUCCAGCCUUCAGUGGGCAAACAACAGAGACAUUUCAUCCUGGGUGUGAAAUGCUUCCAGCAUCUCAAAAGCCAGCAGAUGCAACUGGCUGUCACAUUAAAGAAGGUUGUAUUGAAACUACUUGGAAAGCUCCUUUUAAAAAGAGUGUCUGUCAGAACAGAUGCUCUUCUAGUGAAGAUAGUGAUGAUGGGCACAUGGAUAAAAUCCUGGUUGAUGAGCAGCAGAAAAGGCAACUGAACCCUGGCCAGUUUAAAAAAUGUUUUACAAAGAAAAGGAGCAGUGUUGUUACUAGCAAAAGGACAAACAGUGACUCAGCCCUUACAGUUAAAGGGAAGAAGGAAACCACUGAUGUAAAGAAAGCUGUUAGUAGUUUCCCAGUGCAGGUAUCUCUAAAACAGUCCUCUGCAGAAGAAGUUAAUUGUCCCCAAAGUCCAGAGCAACCAAUUGAAAGAUUGGGUUCUGAUCCCACACAAGACAAACGUGCUGUUCUGACUUCUGCUUGGGCAGACAGUCCCCUUCCCCUGUCUGAAAGACUGAAAGGAAGAAUCAAAAUCAAUUAGGUUCUCCGUAAAAUAGAUUAUGAUAGCAUUUAAUUAUCAGCUAAAUAUCAGUUGCUGUCAGUUCUUGAAGAGUUCCUUCCCAAAGUUGCUGCAGUACGCUCUAUCAAUCUUAUGUGGACACAGUUUUGAUGAACAGGAAAUGCUGAAGUCACUGGAGCUGAAGUUUGGAACUAAAGCAUUAACAGAAGUCCCAAACAGUUGAUUGUAGGCAAGUAUCAGUCAUUCUGGGUGUGUUUACAUUCUGAACUUGAUACAUAAGCAUCAGGAUACACAGUAUGCAAGGAUGAGGAGGAUUUAUUUAAGAAAAAGGAUUUCUUCCCAACCAAUUGUGCAGAUUUUGUGUACAUUUAUUAGUCUUGCUUAUAAAAACACUUACUAGAACAGUGCCUGCAGUGCUGUUGAAGACUCUUAAUGAGACAAAGAGAUGCAGCAUUUUUAAACUGAAGUUCUCCAUUUGGCUCCAAUAACUUAAUUUUGCAAGUUUUGAAAUGGGUUUUGAAAUCCUGUGUUUCUGGUUGCGCUGGCCAUCUCUGAAGGACCAGACAGAGACACACAGCAGAUGCACCUCACAGGGUAGCUCAAUUUGUAUCUGCAUGCCCCAUAAUAAGCUGUUCUUCAAGGGUGUGCCUUUUCCAAAGAGUGAGAUAAGCCAUGUAAGGAUACUCUGGUGUUGUAGCUGUCAUAUCUAAUAUUUAUGGAAAUUUGGUGACUGUUUCAAUUAAAUCUAAUAAAUCUAAAUUAGGGCAUUUUUUAUUAAAGAAGGUUGAAAUCCCAUCUAACAUUCACUUCAGUUCAUAAUAGAGUGAAAGAUAAGUUACAGAAAAUCAAAUUAUCAUAUUGCAAGUUCUUUGAAUAUAAUGUUUGGGGUUUUUUAAAAUAGAAAACUUGAGUACAAUUCUAUUUUUGAAGGUGCUCUUCCUAUUUCUCUUUUAGAAGCUAUCUCUGUUCAUACACAACAAAAAGUUGUCUUCAACAGUUGCCUGUUGAAGGAAUGCCUCCUUGUCUGCAUUUAGGUGUUUGUAACUUUUUCUGUGCACCAGCCAGAAGGAAGACAACUCUUGCCAAGGCUAUAUUGUUAACAAGAAAAAUUUUGAAUAUCUGCGUCGUAGUGAAAAUGUCAGUUCUUCAGAAUGAUCAGGGACCAAGUUUGGAAGCUGAAUUCCAGAUGUGUUUGAGGAAGACAUAGGUAGCCUAUAGCUAAUACACUCUGUAAUUAGCCAAAAUGGUAGUUUCUUAGUUUACUCUGUGGGAAGAUGGAAAACUUUUAUUUAUAAUUGGUUUUCCAAAUGAGAAAUGUAUUCUGGAAAUGAGAAAAAAAAAUCAAAAAUAUUGCAAACUUAUUUUCAGUUUUGAAGAUGGUCUUUGUCUUCUGGAGAUUCUUAUGCACCCAGCUGAUACGAGAGGGUAGCUGGAAGAAUAGUGUUGUGAAGGAGAGUAAGAGUCACUGGGAAUUUCAAAGGGAAAGAGUCAUAGCAUGACAGAAUUGUUUGGGUUGGAGAGGAUCUUAAAAUCUUAUAGUUCCAACCCUUGUGCCAUGGGCAGGGAACCACUCCUUAGGCAGUGGUCAGUGAUGGACAGAUCUGAGUGGGGUUUUUUUGUUGAAAAACUUUGCUCUUGGUUACAUAUGGGUUUUUUUCCUUGCUGAUGAUUUUUGAAUACUGAAAGUUGAAAUCAAAUGUUUAAAUUUUCAUUAAUAAAAAUGCCAGCAUCAUGUGAACAAACUCACUUUUAUUCCCUCCCAGGGUGUGGGAAUGUGCUCUUUUGUCGGGGGGAUCAUUCAGUUUCACCCGCAAUGUGUGGAUUUCAGUGAUUUAGAGCUUUCUGUAGAAUCAGGAGACCAGAGUGGAUUUUGGAGGGAAUUUUCUUUGUUUUCCAAAUCUGCUUGAGAUGACUGCUUUAAUGGAUGGGGAGGUGAAAAUAUUGUCAGAAUUUUGUGGAUGAUGAAAGUCAGAAAGGAGCUAUAAAGUAUUAAGAAUUGCAGAGGAAAAAAUAUUAUGUUGCUGAUUUUUCCUGUGAAUUAAUUGGGUUUCACAAGUACAGUUCAAGCAUGAAAAGCAGAAAAUUUGCAACUUUUUCAUAUGUAAUGUAUCCAAAUUUUGUGCCAGUUUCUGCCACUACUUCAGAAGCAACAAUAGAUGUGGGAAAAAAAAAAAAACAA